GGUUGGGGCGCAGGCGCAGCAGGCUGCGCACCAGGAUGGCGGCUGUACUCCUAGCCCGGGGCGGCGGCGCUGCUGCCCGAGCCCUGACCUUUGGGUGCUUGCGACAGCUGCACACAGUGUACCAAACAGCGGAGUUACCAGAGACCCACCAGAUGCUGUGUCAGACAUGCCGGGACUUUGCUGAGAAGGAACUGGUUCCCAUUGCCGCUCAGCUCGACAAGGAGCACCGCUUUCCUGCUGAACAGGUGAAGAAGAUGGGUGCCCUUGGGUUGCUGGCCAUGGAUGUGCCGGAGGAGUAUAAAGGGGCAGGGCUUGAUUACCUGGCCUAUUCCAUUGCUGUUGAGGAGAUCAGCAGGGGCUGUGCAUCCACGGGUGUCGUCAUGAGUGUCAAUAAUUCUCUGUAUUUAGGUCCAAUACUGAAAUUUGGUUCUGAAGAGCAGAAGCAUCAGUGGAUUGCUCCCUUCGCCAGCGGAGACAAAAUAGGGUGCUUUGCCCUCAGUGAACCAGGAAAUGGCAGUGAUGCUGGAGCUGCUUCCACAGUGGCACGGCUGGACGGCAAUGAAUGGGUUCUGAAUGGCACCAAAGCUUGGAUCACUAAUGCCUGGGAUGCCUCUGCUGUUGUGGUGUUUGCCACUACAGACAAAUCCCAGAAACACAAGGGCAUUAGUGCAUUCCUGGUUCCUAUGCCAACACCUGGACUCUCGCUGGGGAAGAAAGAAGACAAACUAGGAAUCCGAGCCUCUUCCACAGCCAAUCUGAUAUUUGAAGACUGUCGGAUCCCCAAGGCCAAUCUGCUGGGGCAGCAGGGCAUGGGCUUCAAAAUUGCUAUGCAAACCUUGGAUUCAGGCAGGAUUGGGAUUGCCUCGCAGGCUCUUGGAAUAGCUCAAGGAGCUCUGGACUGUGCUGUGGAUUAUGCUGAGAAGAGGUUGGCCUUUGGUUCUCCCAUUUCUAAGCUGCAGGCUAUUCAGUUCAAGCUGGCGGACAUGGCACUGGCAUUGGAGGGUGCUCGCCUGCUGACCUGGAGAGCAGCCAUGUUGAAAGACAAUGGGAAACCCUACACAAAGGAAGCUGCAAUGGCCAAGCUAGCUGCAUCGGAGGCUGCAACUACCAUUUCCCAUCAGGCCAUCCAGAUCCUGGGAGGAAUGGGCUAUGUAACAGAAAUGCCAGCAGAACGCCACUACCGGGAUGCUCGAAUCACAGAAAUCUAUGAGGGCACAAGUGAGAUCCAGAGACUAGUGAUAGCAGGGCAGCUGCUGAAGGAAUAUCGUGGGUGAAGAAGAGCAAGAUCAACUCAAGUGCCUUAUAACCACUGCAGAAGUGCUUCUAGCCUUUGCCCUGGAUGAAAUGAGGUGGCAAUUCCCUCAUAUCCAUACUCACCACCCCUCUUUAAUUGGGUUGGUCAAGCCCCUUCUCAAAUUGCCUUUGUAAGGGUUUAGGGCAAAGUGGAAAGGAGGCAGCAGCAUCUGUGUGGCCCAAUUUAUAGUUUCAACUGUUCUCUUACAGACACAAUCCAUGGAAUCAGUAGUUAGCCCUACUGGCUGCUGUCCAAUAUUUAGUUCCUGUCACAGGGUGCUUGGGGAUAAGUAAUAGUUGUAUUUUUCUUGUGAAUGUCAAAGGCCUGGUGAGAGUGGGGGUAUAAUGCAGCAGCAGGACACUCAAAAUAAUAUUUCAGUACCUAAAUGGGGGCUAUAUUUUCUAAAAUUGUGUGGGUGAAGGGGUGAUCUGUCUGCACUACCCCAGAAUGAUUGUUACACUACCUCUUCAGGUUUGGUCACUAAUGAAUUCCAAAUGGUGGACC